GUCUGAAAAAUAAUAGAAAGAGGAACAAGACUUACAGAGACGAUAACAAGUGCAUACGCACCUUCUUUCAGCUUUGGAUUGUUAAUUAUUAUCUAGGAUACCUGCUGCUGCCAAGCAAGCAGAUGUGCAGGGCGCAGAUACACAGAGCACAGUGGUAGUGGGAGGGUCAGACUGGUUUUCUUACGGGAAACAUUCAUUUUUUUUUGCCUCGCUGAAUCGCUGCACGCUGAAUAUCUACGACCGCACAGAUUAACGUUCAGUGCUUGUGACACUUUUCGUCAGCGGGCAUACAUCUAACAACCACAAUGAGUAGGACAGGUGUUAAGAUUUUGAAAUGACUGACUGCCUUAAAAAGCAGCACUAUUGUGGUCUACGUCCUACUACACUUAAAAGUGGCAGCAGUGAUGAAAUCUGAAGACAUUUUUAUUCUGAAGCAGCCAACGUCUGUGUGUGUACCACCAAACCAUGAGGUGACUUUAAGUGUUAAAGCAAAAGGCAAUGGUCCUUUGAAUUAUCAGUGGUUUGAUGAAAAACAGAGGGAGAUGAUGGGUGGUACAGGACCUGAGCUUAUCGUCUCUCUUCAAAGUCGUGGGCAAUUUGUUUGCAGAGUAAAUGACCUGCACUGCAAUUGUCAGUUUACAGAAUGGGUAAUCGUGGACAUCCAGGCUGUACCAGGUGUUUCACACAUGUGGAGGGGGGAACCCCAUAUAGCCAUUCACCCCGAAAGUCAGACAGUAAAACAAGGGGAGGCAUUCGUUCUUAAAUGCAGAGCUAUAGGCAACCCUAUGCCUACCUACCAGUGGUACAGGAACGGACGACUCCUGCCUAAACAGACCACACAAAAACUCAGGAUAAAAAAUGCAAGUGCAGAUAAUGCUGGUUCAUAUCUCUGUGCCGUGUCAAAUAGUUUGGAUGAGAGAUGGUCUGAGGCAGCUGAAGUUGAAAUUGCACCUCCAGAUGAACCAUCAACACCCACACUUAUUGCGACUGACAAAGUGGCACUAUUGAUCGGCAACCUAAACUACAACCACCAUCCUGGUUUGAUGGCCCCCAUUAUGGACGUCCAUAAACUAGCCAAUCAUCUACAACAGUUAGGCUUCAGAGUGGUUUCUCUGCUAGAUCUGACCCUUCAGGAAAUGCAGGUUGCUAUUGAGAAGUUCUUGCAGCUCUUGGGUCGAGGAGUUUAUGCUGUUUUUUACUAUGCUGGCCAUGGUUACGAGCACUCGGGCAGAAAUUACCUGGUGGCUAUUGAUGCUCCUCGACCCUACAAAACAGAAAACUGUGUGUGCGUACAGAGAGUGAUGCACAGUAUGCAGGAGAGACAAGCCCAGCUGAAUGUUAUUCUUCUGGACACCUGUAGGAAAUGGUAUGACCAGAUAGGCCCUGCAUCUCAAAUAAAGCCAUCGGCUCCUCUGGGCAACACAGUGUACGGAUAUGCCACGAGUGAAGAUGCAGAAGCGUUCGAAGUCCAGGAUGGUGGCAAGAGCACAGGAAUUUUCACCAAGUAUCUGAACAAACAUAUCUUGGAGCCACAGAGGGUGACCCAUGUCUUGGAGCUGGUCUCUGAGGAUCUGGGAAAGGAUCCAUUGGUUCGUGGCAGGCAGGUUGUAGAAAUCAAGCACACACUAACAGAGCCACGGGCGUUGACCGAUCCCGUUAAAACAUCAGGACAUACAAUGGAGCUCCGUCAGAGAGACGCUUGUUGGAAACAGGCUAAUGUUCUUCCUGCCCGGAAGUUUCUGAACUUUCAGGAUGGUGGCGUUCAAGUGGAGCUCAGUUUCUGUGCCUUGUUCUCAAACGUCCUCGUUGUUUUCGGCACAGUGAGAAACAUCGGUGCCGUGGCCCAGCCGUGCACUCUGCAACUUGAAAGUGAACCAGUGAUGCAGGACAUUUUGUCAACUUGUGGCAGAUUAGAAGAAAUGGAUUCUCUGCUUAUGUGCAGUGGAGGAACUCCUGACUGCACCCUCAGGUUAUGUUGCCUUCAAAGGCUUCAGGGAUCGCUGGUCAUCAAGGUGCGCCUGAAAUACAUCAAUAAAGAAACUAAACAACAGCUGACUGAAAUCAAAGAGUUAGACAUAGGCAGGCCACUCAUUGCCUCCUGCAAGCUAAACCAGAUGGGGCUAGCGGACAGGAGACAAGAAGGUCGUGUCCAUACUUUGGGCCACAUGUCUAACAUCAGAAGGACCCAUCAUCAAAACCAUCCUCGACCCUACACACGCAAGGCAGAGAAUAAAUUACUGAGCAGCAAUGAACCGGAGGAGAAUGAUGAAAAUGACUCUAGCGAAUUCACUAUGUGAUGUACCUUGCAUUUAUAAACAUGUAAUACAGUACGGCAUUGUUUUGAUGCAACAUGGGAUUUUUUCUGACAUAAACAGUUUUCUUUUUGCUUACUAAUUACCAAUUAUUAUGUGUGUGUGCGUGUGUGUGUGUGCGUGUGCGUGCGUGUGUGGGUUGGUCUAUGUGGUUUACGAGGACAAGAAUAGUGUAUAAUGACAUGUUUAUUAUGCUAUAAAGGUGGUUUACGGGGACACAGAGAGUGUCCUCAUAAACGGAAAAGCUAAAAAAACAUACUAAAUGGUAGUUUUUCAUAGAUUAAAGACUGGCAACAGGUUUUUGUGACAUUGGGGUUAGGGACUGGGGUAGGUAAGGGGAAUAGAAUAUAACAGUUUGGACAGUAUAAAAUGCAUUGCGUCUAUGGAGAUGUCCCCGUAAACCACAUACACCAACAUGUGUGUGUGUGUGUGCAUGUGCGCGUGUGUGUGUGUGUGAGAGAGAGAGAGAGAGAGAGAGAGCGCUGAAAGGAACAAGUUCUCAUGAAAAUAUAUAUUUAUACUAAUUAAUUGUAAAAUCAAAUCAAGUUUAAUAUUCAUACAGGUAUAACCAAUAAAGCGCUACUACUGGA